CAACCGCAACACUCGCGGUUCGUCUCCCUUAAGGCUUAAAUACAAAGCAAACGCAAACUUCACUUGCCCAGUUGCCAAACCCCCCAAAAAAACCCUCGCAGCGCACACACCACGGCCAUCUCAAUUCCUAGAGAGAGAGAGAGAGAGAGAGAGAGAGGGAAGAGAGAGAAAUGGCGCAAUCGCUGGAGCUUCUGCUGAUACAGUUCCUGAUGCCGGACAACGACGCGCGGCGGCAGGCGGAGGAGCAGAUAAAGCGGCUGGCAAAGGAUCCGCAGGUGGUGCCGGCGCUCGUCCAGCACCUCCGCACCGCCAAGACCCCCAACGUCCGCCAGCUCGCCGCCGUACUCCUCCGCAAGAAGAUCACCGGCCACUGGGCCAAGCUCUCUCCUCAGCUCAAGCUCCUCGUCAAGCAGUCCCUUAUCGAGAGCAUCACCAUGGAGCACAGUCCGCCAGUAAGAAGAGCGAGUGCAAAUGUAGUUAGUAUUGUUGCAAAAUAUGCCGUUCCAGCAGGAGAGUGGCCUGAUUUGUUGCCAUUUCUCUUUCAAUGUAGUCAGAGUGCUCAAGAAGACCAUAGAGAAGUGGCAUUGAUUCUUUUCAGUUCUUUAACGGAAACAAUUGGGAAUACAUUUCGCCCACAUUUCGCAGAUUUGCAAGCUCUUCUUCUCAAGUGUCUGCAAGAUGAGACUAGCAACCGUGUCAGAGUUGCUGCUCUAAAGGCAGUUGGGUCAUUUAUAGAAUUCACUCAUGAUGGUGAUGAAGUGGUCAAGUUUAGAGAAUUUAUUCCCAGCAUUCUAAAUGUAUCCAGACAAUGCCUUGCUGCUGGUGAGGAGGAUGUUGCUGUAAUCGCCUUUGAAAUUUUUGACGAGCUCAUUGAAUCUCCUGCUCCUCUUCUUGGGGAAUCUGUUAAAUCCAUUGUGCAGUUCUCUCUUGAAGUUAGCUCAAGUCAAAAUUUCGAAUCUAACACGCGUCAUCAGGCAAUUCAGAUAAUUUCUUGGCUUGCAAAAUACAAAUCUGCUUCCCUUAAAAAGCAUAAACUAGUUGUCCCUAUUCUGCAAGUUAUGUGCCCUUUGCUUGCUGAAUCAAAUGAUAGAGAUGAAGAUGAUGACCUUGCCCCUGAUCGAGCCGCUGCUGAAGUUAUUGACACUAUGGCUGUGAAUGUACCAAAGCAUGUUUUUUCACCUGUUUUGGAAUUUUCUUCUUUAAGCAGUCAAAAUGCAAAUCCUAAAUAUCGUGAAGCUUCUGCUACAGCUUUAGGCGUCAUUUCAGAGGGCUGUUCAGAAUAUAUGAAAGAUAAGCUUGAACAAGUACUUGAUAUUGUCUUAGGGGCUUUGAGAGACCCUGAACAAGUGGUAAGGGGUGCUGCGUCUUUUGCAAUAGGUCAAUUUGCUGAAUACCUGCAGCCUGAAAUUGUUUCUCAUUAUCAAAGUGUUCUACCAUGCAUUUUGAGUGCACUUGAAGAUGCAUCUGAGGAAGUGAAGGAAAAGUCAUACUAUGCUUUGGCUGCAUUUUGUGAGAAUAUGGGGGAGGAAAUCCUUCCUUUUCUUGAACGUUUGAUGGCGAAACUACUGGGAGCUCUCCAAAAUAGUGCCCGUAAUUUGCAGGAGACAUGCAUGUCUGCAAUUGGUUCAGUUGCGGUUGCUGCAGAGCAGGCCUUCAUUCCAUAUGCUGAAAGGGUUCUAGAAUUGAUGAAGGCUUUCUUGGUGCUUACUCGUGAUGAGGAUCUCCGUGCACGGGCAAGAGCUACUGAGCUAGUUGGCAUAAUUGCAAUGUCUGUUGGGAGAACUGGGAUGGAGCCAAUUCUACCCCAGUUCAUGGAAGCUGCAAUUUCUGGUUUUGGAUUGGAGUUUAGUGAGCUUCGCGAGUACACUCAUGGAUUCUUUAGCAAUGUAGCAGAAAUAUUAGAUGAUGGUUUUAUACAGUAUCUUCCUCAUGUUGUCCCUCUGGUAUUUUCUUCGUGCAAUCUUGAUGAUGGCUCUGCAGUGGAUAUUGAUGAGUCUGAUGAUGAGAAUGUUAAUAAUUUUGGCGGAGUUUCAUCUGAUGACGAAGCUCAUGAUGAACCAAGAGUCCGUAAUAUUAGUAUAAGAACAGGAGUUUUGGAUGAGAAGGCAGCUGCAACUCAAGCUCUUGGGUUAUUUGCGCUGCACACAAAGGGUUCUUAUGCGCUCUAUUUGGAGGAGUCAUUCAAGAUUUUGGUAAAGCACUCGGGGUAUUUUCAUGAAGAUGUUCGGCUUCAGGCAAUCAUUGGUUUGAAACAUAUUCUGACAGCUGCACGAGAAGUUUUUCAGAAUCAUAAUGAAGGAGCAGCUAAGGCAAAUGAAAUGUUUGAUACUGUGAUGAAUGUUUAUAUCAAGACUAUGACUGAAGAUGAUGACAAGGAAGUUGUUGCUCAAGCUUGUACGAGCAUAGCUGACAUAAUUAAGGAUUAUGGUUAUGGCACUGUUGAACCUUACAUGCCUCAGCUUGUUGAUGCUACUGUGUCACUGCUUCGUGAGGAAUCCGCUUGUCAGCUAACAGAAUCUGAUGAUGAUAUCGACGAUGAUGAUACUGAACAUGAUGAAGUACUGAUGGAUGCUGUUUCUGACCUUCUUCCUGUAUUUGCAAAGUCAAUGGGUUCCCAUUUUGCACCCAUCUUUGCAAAGCUCUUUGAACCUUUAAUGAAAUUUGCGAAAGCUUCACGCCCUCCUCAAGACAGGACAAUGGUGGUUGCUUGCCUUGCUGAAGUUGCUCAGAACAUGGGAGCUCCCAUUGCAGGCUACGUUGAUAGGGUCAUGCCCUUGGUGCUCAAAGAACUGGCGUCAUCAGAUCCAACCAAUAGGAGAAAUGCUGCAUUUUGUGUUGGGGAGUUGUGUAGAAAUGGUGGUGAUGGAACAUUGAAAUAUUAUGAUGGCAUAUUGCGUGGACUUUACCCAUUGUUUGGAGAAUCAGAGCCAGAUGAUGCUGUUAGGGAUAAUGCGGCUGGUGCAGUGGCAAGAAUGAUAAUGGUUCACCCUGAAUCCAUCCCACUAAAUCAGGUUCUUCCUGUUUUCUUGAAAGUUCUUCCACUGAAAGAAGAUCACGAGGAGUCCAUGGCAGUGUAUACUUGUGUCUCCACUCUAGUGCUAUCAUCAAAUUCGCAGAUCCUUUCUCUAGUACCUGAGUUGGUUAAUGUAUUUGCUCAAGUUGUGGCAUCCCCGGUUGAAACUUCGGAGGUUAAAGCUCUAGUAGGCAGAGCUUUUUUGCACUUGAUUUCACUCUAUGGACAACAAAUGCAGCCCCUUUUGAGCGGCCUCCCUGCCGCACAUGCAAAUGCCCUGGCUGCAUUUUCCUCAAAUAACUGAUGUCUAAUUGAGCUGGGAAUCGCGGUUAUUCCUCACGUUCCAAUUUGUUACUUAUACCCUCACUAUUUAUCCGAGUCUUAUUGAUUGAGCGAGUCACAUGUCGUCAUUUCAACUUGUUUUUGUCGCUGAGGUUGCUUCUCAAAGAGAUUAUUUUUCCUGCCCGUUGUUUUUGGUUGGGAACGGCUGAGUUCUGAAAGGCCAUCAUUAUGCAAGGUCUUGCUUGUGCUUCUUCCAGCACCAUCUCCAUUUUUCCUGUCCGGAGAGAUUGCGUUGCGUUAUUCAUUUCCUGAGUGUAUAUUUUCUGAUUUUUAUUUGUUAUUAUUUCUAUUUUUUUUUCCAGAUAUUAUGGCUGUGUUCUUUUGUUCAUUUAUUUGUUGGGCUUUUAAAGCAGUCAUAUAGUCGUGUGAUUGUAGAUUUUUGUACUUUAUAGGCUUAAGAAUCAAGCAUGAAGAAUCAUAGGCUCUUGUCUUUUGUAAGAGCACAUUAUAUGGUAAUAUAUUUUUCUUUUUGCCGUUUCAGAUUA